AUGGACAGAUCGCAGGCGGUAGCCGAGCCCCCCCUGGCGCACUCGAGCACGUUUUUGCCACAUCACGACGACACCCCUGGUACGCAUGCAUCGUCGGCGAAAACGGCAUCUGCCACGUCGCGCCAAGACUUGCACAAAGCUCUGGCUGCAGUGCAAGACCACGUCCAGCACAUGCGAAAGUACAUGAAGGUGUGGGUGAAACGCGAGCAGUGGCUUCGGAUGAAGAGUGCCACGUGUAUACAGAAAUUCUAUCGAGGACAUCUCGCACGUGUGAAAUUUCCACGACCCGCCGUGCCAACCAAGUCGGCACCGGCGAUGGCGACCUGGCCUAUGCAUAUGUCGUCAUAUCAAAUUAUGUGGGAGAGCCUUCCCCAAAACACUCAAAUUUUCCACAUCUACGCCCAGAUCAUUCAGAAAAUCGUCCGGGGGUCGUAUACGCGACGGCGGUUGGUCGAGUGGAAGCGAGCCAACUACAGCGCGAGGCAAAUUCAGCGGGUGUGGCGGGGUUAUGUCGUUCGCGGCAACCUCGUUGGGAAAGGGGGGGCGACGCUGCUGCACCAAGUGCGAUGUGUGCUGAUUCGCGUGGGCAAGCUGGAGCGGCAAGCAGGGAUUCAAGACGAAGCUACGAUGGCGUUGUGGUCGCAGCUGAAGCAAGUGACGACGGACAGCCAUAAUCACCACAGAUUGACGCGAGCUGUGAGUCGACUGCAGGCGGCGUGGAAGGGCAAACUGGCGCGACGGCAGCAUGGGCAGUCGUCCAGAAAAUCGACCGAGUGGUGUGAGGCUCCGUGCAAGCAAUGCCAAGCGAAUGCUUUGGAAAUCGCCACCUUGCGUCAAGAACUGCACGAUCUGGCCGCACUAGUCCGACAACUGACUGUACCACCCGAAACAUCUGGGCCACAUCCCAACGUUGAUCCAUCUCCACGGAUGGUUCCGUCUGCAUGUGCUGCGCUCCCUUCAUUGCCCACGUCGCACGCUGACAUGACGCAGCCACUGACCCUUGCCGAUUUCUUUGUUCGUCCAAACUAUGCACCGAUGCGAGAUAUGGAAGUCCAGUACCAUAGCUUAGACGACUUUCAAGCACACGUUGCCACGUCUAGCUCGUAUUUGGACGUAGACCUCUUGGCCGUGGAUUAG